CUGGGUUCUGUGCUCUCAAGACAGUCGACCGCAAGGGUGCGCACUUACAAAAGAAAGCUAUUGCGUUCUUGUCAGGUUUUGUAUACCUCUGGUGAAAGUUGAAAGGUGACGUCAGACACACCCCUCUCCUCUAAUAAACAUGGCGGAGACUGAGAAGCAGUCAGGCUCCUCCCCUGAAGAUGACGCCCCUCUCAUCCCUCUUAAUUUCGACUUCAUGAUCCCAAAGAAGGAGAUCAGCAUGGUCCCUGACAUGGGAAAAUGGAAGCGCUCUCAGGCUUAUGCUGAUUACAUGGGAUUUGUUCUGACUUUGAACGAAGGCAUUAAGGGAAAGAAACUUUCAUGUGAAUACAAAAUGUCCGAGACAAUACAUAAGCUUCUGUCUUUGCUGAACACUUUGGAUCAGUGGAUCGAUGAGACGCCUCCUAUGGAUCAGCCCUCACGGUUUGGCAAUAAAGCAUACAGGACCUGGUAUGCCAAGCUAGAGCAGGGGGCCGAAGCUUUGGUUUCUACGCUGAUCCCUGAAGACCGAAAGGCAGCGGUUCCUGAGGUAGCUGUUUAUCUGAAGGAGGCGGUGGGGAACUCCACCAGAAUAGAUUAUGGCACAGGUCAUGAGGCGGCUUUCGCGGCGUUCCUUUGCUGUCUGUGUAAGAUCGGAGUGCUGCGCGUGGAUGACCAGCUGGCAAUUAUUUUCCAAGUGUUUGACAGAUAUCUCAGAGUGAUGCGGAAGCUGCAGAAGACCUACCGGAUGGAGCCGGCUGGCAGUCAGGGCGUUUGGGGACUCGAUGACUUCCAGUUUCUGCCCUUCAUCUGGGGAAGCGCCCAGCUCGUAGACCAUCCCACACUGGAGCCCAGGCACUUUGUGGACGAUAAGGCUGUGAAUGAGCACCACAAGGACUACAUAUUUCUGGAGUGCAUCAAAUUUAUAAACGAAAUGAAGACGGGCCCGUUUGCUGAGCACUCCAACCAGCUCUGGAACAUCAGCGCUGUACCCACCUGGUCCAAAGUCAACCAAGGCCUCAUCAGAAUGUACAAAGCUGAGUGUCUUGAGAAGUUCCCCGUCAUCCAGCACUUCAAGUUCGGCAGCCUGCUCUCCAUCCAGCCCACAAAGUCUUGAGUCCCGCGCCACCCCCACCCCCACCCCCACCCCCACCCCCAAGCUGGCAGUGCCCAUGUGGAGGGCACAAGAACAGCCCUUACAGAGAAAGAUGCCCUGUCGGCCUUCCACACGCUCAAACUCAUCUUAGUAGCACCCAAGCAACACUCUGACAGCUCUGUCUCUGUAGCCACCUCAACCCCUUCGGCAAAUGUCUCCGUGUUCAACCCUGUUCAGUUAGUCCAUCCAUUAGCACCACCCGUGGAAAGAGUAUAUUUUAGAGAAGCCCGAUCGCCCUGACAUUCUUUUGUAUGUGAGCGUGUGUCUUGCAUUCGAGGAGGUUUUGAGUUCCUCAGCUGCGCAAUAAUGUGUGGUAAAAUAUACCAUAUUGUUUUGUUUAUUUAUGUGGGUGUACCCAUUCAGAUAUGAUCUGCUAUAAAUGAUAUAUUUAGGCUUGUUGGUGAACACACCAACUGACCUGAUGUCCUCAUACUAUUCUUUUGCUCACCGAGUUCCGAUAAGGUGCUUUUUAAAAAGGCCAAGUUCCUUUGGUGUAUUUUUUUCAUUUGUGAGCCUGUGCUCAGUGAUGGCCUAUGUGUUUUAGCAUUUCAGCUUUAGCCAGAUAUGUUUGGACCGACUUAUGUCUCACAAUCAACCUGGCUAAUGCCGAAGUUCUGUUCUAGCUGAAUGACUCCAGGAAUAGACGAUGGCAAAUGUAAAUGUAUGUGUAGUUAUUUUCUUUUUAUUUGUAUUUCAAUUCGUUUUAUAACACCAACUCAUACCAA